CCUAUCUUAUGGCAUUUUUUUUUUUAUUAUUAUUAUUUUUUGACCAGUGAGCUGAGGCUUUGUUUCCGAGAUUGCAAUGUAAACUGGCAUGGCAGAAACAACUGAGAUGAUUUAUAGAGUUUUGUGGCAUGAUAACCCUAGGUAGAUACGCACAGCACAAUACCCAUCGGUCUAAUAUUUAGCUGGAAUACUGUUUAUGCUGAGCUUGGCACCCGGCUGAGUAAGAAAGGGAUCUCCAGGCACAUGUUGAGACAUGUCCAGAUACGGCUGAACCUGCCCAGAGUGCUGUUUCCUGCCACCAGCCCUGCCUUCCGCCUUUACCUUUGGGUUAUUUAUGACAUAGGAGAAGAACCACAGUGAGAUUUUGCUUGGCGAUUGUUACAAGCCGGCUCCUAGGGUUACUGUAAUGUCACCAGUUGAACCGAAGAUGAGGUCGGAAGAAAAACAAGCCUGAUAGAGGGGAGGGAGCGGUGAAUUUGAUUUUGUUUUUUUAAUUCAGGGUGAAACAAUCUGCAGAUUUUGAGCAGGGGGUUGGACUAGACGUCCUCCAAGCUCCCUCCAACUAUGUGGUAUUGUUGAAGAGAAGAGGAUGGGCAGCAGCAAGGUGGAGGACUCAUCACACCAGUCAUGGGAGCACAGUUGGAAGGCUUGAAGGAGAUCUAGGAGAUCACUAAGGGUCCACACUGGCUGAUGGCAUAUAAUCAAUGAGAAGAAAAAGGAGAAGGAAGAAGAAGAAGAAGAAGAAGAAGAAGAAGAAGAAGAAGAAGAAGAAGAAGAAGAAGAAGAAGAAGAAGAAGUCGUCUUGAAGCAUCAGAUCAUCCUUGAGAAAACCAGUCUGUAGGGCUGCUAAGAAUGGACACUGACUUGAAUCCUGGGAAAGGUGGAAGGAAAGAGAAGAAAAGGAUGAGCAGCAGCAAGAUUGGUGGACGCAGCUACAGUGGCAGGAGGGAUCUGUUGGAAGGCCUGUAGGACCUCCAGGCUGAGAUCAUCAUGGGGAAUAUCAACGUGGUCAAUAAAAAUCCAUACCAACUUAAUAGCUCAUAAUCAGUUGAUCAAUGCCAACAGCGGCUCCCUUUGAGAAGUCCAUAAUGCUGGGAAAACGAGGAGAGAGAAGAGAAUGACCAGUUGCAAGAUGGAUGGACAGUGGGGGGAGGCAAUGAGGCCAUGACUGGAAGACCUCAAGGACCAGGAUCUUCCUGGAGAAAUCCUACCUCUGAAGUCACUAACAGUGGCACCUAAUCAGUCAGUUAAUUGAUGGGACGAGGAAGGGGAGGACCAGCAGAAGGGGGGACGGACACUGUGGAGACAGGCGCAGUCAGAAGACCUGAAGGACCAGAUCACGUUGCAUCCUCUCUAAGGACCUGAGCAACCUGCCCGGAAUCCGGUCCACGUGAAGAGCAGAACGGCAAAACAGAGAAGAGAACCGGCUGAACCGUUCAACUCCCAUCCAGCCACCGGGACUCCCAGCCCCGGAUUUUAUUCCUGCUGCUGCUCUGCUGCUGCUCCUCGAGAAAUCGGACUUAGCUGAAAAACCAGGAGCUUCUCACCGCUCGGGCGAAGGAAGGGACUGAGAAGGGAUGCCCCGUUGCUUCCUUUGCCCCUUCCUUUGCCCCGUCCUCCUUCCCUCGGCUUAGGGGACCUUCCCAGGAAGAGCCGAGCUCCGGUUUCCAUCCCGGUUAAAGAUGCACUUUGUGUCGGACGCUGUCGCGCUGAGUGUGUAAGGCUGGGGCGAGACAUGUCGCAGAUGCUGCACAUCGAGAUCCCCAAUUUUGGGAACACCGUGCUGGGCUCCCUGAACGAGCAGAGGCUGCUGGGGCUCUACUGCGAUGUCUCCAUCGUGGUCAAGGGCCAGGCCUUCAAGGCCCACCGAGCAGUGCUGGCCGCCAGCAGCCUGUACUUCCGGGACCUCUUCAGCGGGAACAGCAAAAGUGCGUUUGAGCUGCCCAGCUCCGUCCCGGCCACCUGCUUCCAACAAAUCCUCUCCUUUUGCUACACCGGCAAGCUGACCAUGGCAGCCAGCGAGCAGCUGGUGGUGAUGUACACGGCGGGAUUCCUGCAAAUCCAGCACAUUGUGGAGAAAGGGACCGACCUCAUGUUCAAGGUCAGCUCCCCCCACUGUGACUCUCAGACGGCCAUGAUCGAAGAGGCCGGCUCGGAGCCCCAGAGUCCCUGCAACCCCGUGCAGAUGGCCUCCAUGCCUUACGUCAUGUCCCCUUCGGUACCCAUCCCGCUCCUCACCCGGGUCAAGCACGAGAACCCGGAGCAGCAGACGCCGCUGCCGGGACUGCCGGCCAAGAGGUCCCUGGAGGGGGGCCUGCGAGACACAGCGGCGGGCAGCUCCUCGGGCACCACGGCGGUCAAGCUGUCCCGCGUCUCCUACUACGGUGUGCCCAGCCUCGCCCCGCUCAUCUCCAGCAUCUCGCAGGCUCCGUAUGUCCAGGGAGAGCGGACGAGUCCCGGGGCCAGCAGCAUCCCCACCACGGACAGCCCCACGUCCUACCACAAUGAAGAGGAUGAGGAGGAUGACGAAGCCUAUGACACCAUGACGGAAGAGCAGUACGGGCAGAUGUACAUCAAGUCUACUGGCAGCUAUGCAGGGCCUCCAGAGAAGCCGGAGCAAAUUCCCGUGGAGAGCCGCUCCUGCGUCCUGAUACGGCGCGAUUUGGUGGCUCUUCCGGCGAGUCUGAUCAGCCAGAUCGGUUACCGCUGCCACCCGAAGCUCUACUCGGAAGGUGAUCCCGGAGAAAAACUUGAACUGGUUGCAGGUUCUGGGGUUUACAUCACCCGAGGACAGCUCAUGAACUGUCAUCUCUGUGCAGGUGUGAAACACAAAGUCCUCCUACGACGCCUCCUGGCCACGUUCUUCGACAGGAACACCUUGGCCAACAGCUGCGGAACAGGAAUCCGCUCUUCCACCAGUGACCCCAGCCGGAAACCCCUGGAGAGCCGGGUGCUUAACGCUGUGAAAUUGUAUUGUCAGAAUUUUGCCCCCAGUUUCAAGGAGAGUGAGAUGAACGUCAUUGCGGCCGACAUGUGCACCAACGCCCGCCGGGUGCGCAAGCGGUGGCUUCCCAAAAUUAAGUCCAUGCUGCCCGAGGGGAUGGAGAUGUACCGUUCCGUCAUGGGCUCCACCACCACCAACGUCCUCCUGGAUCCCGAAUUCCAGCCUUCCUCCGCUCAGAUGUUUGAACAACGGAUCUACGCGGAAAGGAGAGGGGAUUCCGGGACGAUCGUGGCCCUCAGAACUAACACCGUAACAGUUGACCAGAGCAACGGGACCGGCCCCUUGUUUGAGCCGAGCGAGGAGGGUGAAGGGGCCAGCUCGGUCAUCCAGGAGUCUGCUGGGCCAGAAGCCAUGGCUUCCGACACCCAAAGCACCUCCCAGCCCUUCGAAGAAGGACCGGGGUCCCCCAGCCGGCCGGAGACGCCUGCGGCGAGGCCAGAGGUGGCCUACGGGGGGGCCUUAUGAACCAGACCGCUCUCUGGAAGGAUCUGUAAUCCUAAAGCUGCUUGCAUGUUCUUAUUAAUUACAAAAGAAACAAAACACACACACGUGAUCAAACCAUUUACCUACUGAACUGCUACCGUUGCCUGAGAAAAUUUGAUUUUUUUUAGUCUGCUCGUAUUUAGGAUCCCUGAAGGCCUGGCCCGGUAGGAAGACCUCCUUGCUCCCAGAUCAGUACAGAAAGGAGUAGCGGGGUUCCUUCCCUCCAAGAAGAAGGAACGAGGCCAUGUCCACCCCCACCGCCGUCCUGUUCAGCAACAAAGAACCAGCCGUCUGGGCUUGGGAGAAAUUCAUGGUGAUCGUUAUCCUGGUUUGAUUCGGUUCAGCUUGGAGCAGGUCCUUGGCUCGGAUCUCCGGGUUGAAUCCUUGGCCGGAAGUUUGCAUUGUUGAGCAUCCCGGAGAAACUCACCCGAGCGGGUUGUAGUAAAUGGGGAGCUGCGUUCCCCACACUAACGGGCAUCAAAAGUUGAGAUGUCUUUCCUUUCCGCCAUUCUUCUCCUCCGACUCCGUCGUCCGGCUUUCUAAUCUUGCGAAGGAAAGUGUUGGCUCCUUUCCGUUUGCGAGGAAGCUCUGAGCAAGCGGCACCCUGAGUUUAAGGCAGUUUGAGAUGUCUAGGUUUUCUGCCUGGAGCACAUUAAGCUUGGCCACUGUAAGACCUCAACUCCCAGAAUUCCCCAGCCGGCACAGAAUUCUGGGAGUUGAAGUCUAUACAUCUUAAAGUGACCGCCAAGAUUGAGAAAAGUUGGCAUAAAACGAUUUGAAGCAAUGCAGUCAUUUGGCUCCUGCUUAGUUGCUCAGGGCAAAAUGGAGAGUUGAGUGCAUUAUGGGGGUCGGGGUGAUGUAUAGGAGGGAACCAUAGGCUUCUUGGCUCUUUUUCCCAGGAAUGGGGGAGCUACUUAUAGCGAAAUGCAUGCCAUUUGGCCAAGGAGCUUAUGUAGCUCGUGUGGACUUUUUUCCCCAUUGCAUUUGAGUCUAACUUUAGACGAGGAAGGAAGAAUCGCUGGCUUUGCGUUGGAGAUUGUGCACCCUACGGCAGUGUUUCCCAAACUUGACCAUUUUAAGGCAUGUGG